AUGACAUAUUAGCUGGCCACUCGUUAUUAUUCUCCAUUCUUUUAUAAAUAAUUAAUAUUUCUUCCAUUUUUUUCCCCAACUGGUUCUCUGAAACUACAAACUCGAACAGAGAAUCCAGAUGCCUUUUUGAGAUUUUCUCGGGAAAACAAAGGUUCAUUUCAACUCUAGAUUGUCUUCCCGGACAAAGGAGAUCUGUGAAGUCAAAGUAGAAGAAGUAGAAGAGUUUGUUUGGAGUGGUUUGUGGAUCAGAAAGGUCACUGCUUUGAUCCUCUUGAGACACGUGGCGAAAUGGGUAUGGAGUCAUGUUGAUGAUGUCCAAGUCCCAGAGUUCGUCUAACAUUCUUCUUCUGUCUCCAAUGCCUUUGUCUUGUUUCUGAUACUUAAGAUCUUCAGAUCCGUUCUUUUCCUCUUUUCCUUUUGGUUGGUUGAAACAAAGUUGAGAGAAAAAGACAGCAGCAAAAAUGUUGAGAAACAAACCGACAAAUCUCCCGGCGACUAACGGCGGCAGAGUCUCCGGCGCCGGUGGUGGCGGUGGUGGCGGCAGGGAGUCAGGCGGUCAUGAUUGGGAGAUGAGACCGGGAGGAAUGUUGGUUCAGAAAAGGAACCCGGACUCGGAUCCUGUCGGAGCUAAACCGCCACCGAUGAUUAGAGUCAGAGUCAAGUUUGGUUCGGUCUACCAUGAGAUCAGUAUUAGUCCUCAUGCUUCAUUUGGGGAGCUAAAGAAGAUGUUGAGUGGACCAACGGGUAUUCACCAUCAAGACCAGAAGCUAAUGUAUAAAGACAAAGAAAGAGACUCAAAGGCCUUUCUUGACGUUUCGGGAGUGAAAGAUAAAUCCAAGAUGGUGCUUAUCGAGGACCCGAUUAGCCAAGAGAAACGUUUCUUGGAGAUGAGGAAGAUCGCCAAAACCGAAAAGGCGUCUAAAGCGAUUUCCGAUAUUAGCCUCGAAGUUGACAGGCUCGGAGGACGUGUUUCGGCGUUUGAGAUGGUUAUUAAAAAAGGAGGGAAAGUUGCGGAGAAAGAUCUUGUUACGGUGAUUGAGUUGUUGAUGAAUGAGUUGAUUAAGUUGGAUGGGAUUAUAGCUGAAGGAGAUGUCAAGUUACAAAGAAAGAUGCAGGUGACGAGAGUGCAAAACUAUGUGGAAACACUUGAUGUUUUGAAGGUGAAGAACUCUAUGGCUAAUGGGCAGCAGAAACAGUCUAGUCGUCAGAGACUGGCAACGAUUCAAGAACAGAAACCGAUACAAUCACUUAUGGACAUGCCUAUAAACUACAAACAAAAGAAGCAUGAGAUUGAGGAGGAGCCUAGAAACUCAGAAGCAGGACCAAAUCCUAUGGAUUCUUCUACUAAAUGGGAAACAUUUGAUCAUCAUACCGCGACGACUACUCCAUUGAGCUCGAAUACAGCAAAUAAUCAUGCCAUCCCACCAAGGUUCAAUUGGGAAUUCUUUGAUUGA